AGCUACUGGGCGGCCGUUGGGAGCGGAUCGGGCAGACGGAGCCGGGCAGCCCGAGGAGAAGGAAGGCGGCGGCCGUCCACCCGCCCUGCACCUCACCACUUCCCCGAACAUGCGGCCAUCCCCGGCCUUCCUGCUCUGGGGGGCUGCGCUGGUCCUGGGGCUGCCGGCAGCCCGGGGCUCCCAGUGCGGGGCCAACUGUCCCCACAAAAAGUCAGCCACCCUGCUGCCGUCCUUCACCGUGACGCCCACUGCGACCAGCAGCCCCGCCGCCACCACGCACCACCGCACCACCAGCCACGGGACCACCACUAGUCAUGGGACCACCACCGGCCACCGGACCACGAGUCACAGGACCAGCGCGCUUCACACCACCACCGGCCACCGGACCACCACCGACCACCAGAGCACCAGCCACGGGACUACCACUAGUCACGGGACCAGCACGCCUCGCAAAACCACCACCAGCCACCCAACCACCACCAGCCACGGGACUACCACUAGUCACGGGACCAGCACGCCUCCCAAAACCACCACCACCAGCCACCCAACCACCAGUCACCGGACCGCUCCUACCACCGGCCACAGCACGGCCACCGCUCCCGGCCCCACCGCCAGCCCCGUCACCCGGCCCGGGCCGCCCCCGCCCCCGCCGAGCCCCGGGGAGGCUGUGGGCGACUACGCCGUCCUCAACGGUUCCCGGCCCUGCCUGCGCCUUCGGGCCGAGAUCCGGCUCUGGGUCCUGUACCAGGCCCAGGAAGAUGGGGAGCUCUGGGGCAGCAUGGUCCUGCCACCCAACAGCACGAAGGUGUCGGGCAGCUGUGCGGAGGGCCGCAGCAACUUGGAACUUUCCUUCCCCCAAGGGAAGCUGGGCUUUGGCUUCCGCCAGGACCCCAGCCAGGGGACCGUAUACCUGAACAACACUCAAGUCCACCUGCAAGUGGCCUUUCCCCGUAGCAGCACCUGGGAUUUUAGGGUCCGCAACGACUCCCUGCGAGCCCUGGAGGCCCCGACGGGCCGCAGCUUCCUCUGCAGCAACGCCAGCCUGGGCCUGAGCACCACCCUUGGCCUCCAUCUCCUCUCCCUGCAGCUUCAGGCUGCCCAGCUGCCCCCCUCGGGGGCCUUCGGCAAAGCUGUGUCCUGCCCCGGGGACGGCAGUUCCCUGGUGCCACUCGUGGUGGGCCUGAUCCUGCUGGCCCUCAUCCUCCUCGCCCUCGUCGCCUUCUGCGUCUACCGCCGCAGCCGGACGGCCAGCUACCAGCCCCUGUGAGCCACAGCCGCCCCUCGCCCAGCCCCGGCCCUCCUUCCUCCCCCGGCCGGAGCGGCAGAUGCCACCCCGGGGAAGGGGCGCGGGCUUUAUUGGGAAUCCGGGGCUGAGACCACCUCCCCCCCGCCUUGUCCGGGCAGGGCCGGAGGGGCACCUGCUCCCCCACUCUACCCUGCACGAUUAAAAACUGUGACUCUGUA